UACACGCUUGAAUGAUAAUAACGACUUGUCUCCCUCUUUCGUUCAAGGAACCUGAAGGCUCGUCGGAUUUUUAAUUCAGUCUUCAGUCGUUUACGUUACAUACCCAUACCAGUAGGUUGGACCCACAGUCAGUUCGAAGAUGAAUAAUUUGUUAAAGUUGUUGUUCGUUUCUUUCGUUUUUGGUCUUGUUUCUUCAGAAGUACCAGAUGCGACACCAGAAGUAAAAGAAGAAAACGGUGUUUUAAUUUUGACCAACGAUAACUUCGACUCCGUUGUCACAGAAACCAAACAUGUCCUUGUUGAAUUCUAUGCUCCAUGGUGUGGCCACUGCAAAGCACUUGCCCCCGAGUAUGCUAAAGCAGCAGCCCAGUUGAAAGAAGAGGGAUCUGAAGUUAAACUUGGCAUGGUUGAUGCCACAGUAGAAACUGAGCUAGGAACAAAAUUCAAGGUUCAGGGUUACCCUACCCUUAAAUUCUUCAAAAACGGCUCACCGCUGGAAUAUGGAGGUGGAAGACAAGCAGCAGAUAUCGUAAGUUGGUUGAAAAAGAAGACUGGACCACCAACCGUACCCCUUGAAAAUGCUGAAGCCGUUGCUAACUUUAAGAAAGAUAAUGAAGUUGUUGUUAUUGGAUAUUUCCCAGAUAGUGAAAGUGAUGGACACCUGAGCUUCAAGAAAGUCGCCGAUGAGAUUGAUGAUGUCAUGUUUGGAUCCAUUCACACAGCAGAAGCUGCAGCGGAAUCUGAUAUCGCAGAAAACACAGUCACUGUAUUCAAGCAGUUUGACGAGGGUCGUGCGGAUUAUGAUGGCGCUGUCACUGACGGAGAUUUACUUAACAAGUUUGUCAAAGAAAACCAACUUAGAUUGGUGACUGAGUUCACUUCAGAGAGUGCUCCAAAGAUCUUUGGAGGAGACAUCCAGAUCCACAAUCUUCUCUUCAUCCCAAAAUUGAGCCAGGAAUCUCAGGAUCAUCUCACUGCUUUCACUGAAGCUGCCAAACAAUUCAAAGGAAAAGUUUUGUUCAUCUACAUCGACACUGACAGCGAAGAAAACAAGAGAGUCAUGGAAUUCUUCGGUUUGACUGACGCAGACAUCCCUGAUUAUAGAAUCAUCAAGAUGUCCGAGAACAUGGCCAAGUUCAAGCCCGACACCAAAGAGCUCACCACCGAAGCAAUCGCUGCAUUCACCAACAAAGUUGUCACAGGAGAAGUUCAGCGUCACUUAAUGAGUGCUGAGAUCCCUGAUGAUUGGGAUAAGAACCCAGUCACUGUUCUUGUUGGAAAGAACUUUGAACAAGUUGCUUAUGACAAGAAGAAGAAGGUUUUCGUUGAAUUCUACGCCCCAUGGUGUGGUCACUGCAAGUCGCUUGCCCCAACCUGGGACAAACUUGGUGAGAAAUACAGCGACAAUGCUGACGUUGUAAUCGCCAAGAUGGACUCGACAGCAAACGAACUUUCCCAGUUCGAAAUCAGUGGUUUCCCAACCCUCAAGUUCUUCCCCGAAGUUGCCGAAGGAGAAGAACAAAAAGUUCUGGACUAUGAUGGUGAUCGUACUGUGGAAGCAAUGGCUGCUUUCAUUGAUUCCAACGGAGAGAAAGUAAGUGGUGGUGGUGACGAAGACCUUGAAGAGGUUGAUGAGGAGGAUUUGGAUGAAGAUAUGGAUGAUAGUCUCCCAGAAGAAGUUGAGCAAGAAGCUGGCAGCAAAGAUGAGUUGUAACUUCACAAGAUCAGUUUCUUGUCCAGAACUUUAAUAUAUUCCAGUCCUGAUAAAACCAGGGCUUUUCAAAAGAAACUUUAAAUUUAUUGUUGCCUUUUCUAUGCUUUUAUAAGUGUUAAGGGUCCAUUGAAGCAUAACAACCCUUAUUACAGCAGCAACCUGUCUUAAAAAAAAUUCGUAAGAAAGAUAUCGUUCAUAUAAAAGUCCUAAUUUUUUCUUUCCUUGAAAUUUUAAACAAACCCAAUGCUUGUGUGUCUUGGUGUGGUAAGCCAUGUGUGCCAUAACAUUUGUUUUGUGUAUUCAUGUAAAUGCAGUCGAUUGUGGGUCCUUUACCGAAUUCUGGUGGGUACAAUAAAGUUUCAGAAAUCAUGA